AUGUGCUACCUGAGAAGGAGCCUGAGCAAAUCUCUGAACUCGCUCGUCCUCCACUUCGAGUUUGUCAAGUGCAAAAAUUUAGCUAGCUAUCAAAAGAAGGGAAAGUAUUACAUGAUCAUUUCUUACGACAAGUUGCUUUUUUACGAGAAGGAUUUUUACGAAGUUCAGUUCCAAAUAUUUUUUUCCGACAUCCGGCAGAUAUAUAUAUGCGACGAGUCCAACUAUGUCCAUGUCACGCUGAAGGAGGGCGCGGCCAUUAACGACAUAGGCAUCAAGGGAAUAAACAAGAGCAUCCUCGUCAAGCAGCUAUGCGUUGCGUACAGCACGUACUACAUGUUCAACCUGAACAUGAAUAUAUACGUGCCAAUUACAAACGAGACGUACGAGGAGAGAUGCCGCAGAACCGGACAUCAUUCACAACCGAGGAAGGUCGACCUUUCCGUGCAACCGUUUAUCGGGUACCGCAAAGUCGUGUUCGACGAGUACUUCUUCUUCAUCCACAAGUCCUUUCAAAACUUCGCAUCCGUUUCGAGUGAGAGUACCUUCUACAUCGAUCACAGAGGAAUCGAAAUAAGCAUAAAGAUAGACGACCAGAAGAGCAUGAUCGAGUUGGAUGGGGUUACAAAAAAGAGCAAAACGGCGGACAGUAACUUUUACCAGCUGGCGAGCAGCCACCUCAAUUUUUUGAUAAACGACUCCAAAAUACCUCUCAUCAUACGGAAAAAUUUUUACUACAAGAGGAUGAACUUAUCGGACGACUUGGCGAAGUGGUCUGGAUACGAGAUCUACUUGAAGAAUGAGACGCACACCAUUGUAUGUAUAAUUUUUAGGAGGACGUUCAUCCCCCCUCUUUUGGAUAAAAGUCAAGACAUAUUUAUCACGUUUAAAAUCUCUCACCAGAGUCAGCAGGAGUUCAACGUUACCGAUAAGGACCUGCAUGCAGAAGUGUACGUGGUGGCCAACUCGAUGACACCCAGCGACAUUCACAACGCCUUUUACGCCAAUCUGAUACAAGUCCAAGUGGAUGCCCUCCUUUACAACUCUGACGUGUAUGCAUAUUUCGAGUCGGCCUUAAAAAUAAAGCCAUCCUACUUUGACCACCUGAAGAUUUUUUUCAAGUCUAUGUUGGUCAUACUGAAGGAGGGAGACGUCGUGAUUAAUUCUGAGGUGAUGGACUUCCUGGGGGAGGACACCAAGGUGGAGAGAAACCUCGACUAUCUCCUGAACGUCAUCCUGAACCGGAUUCCGGGCGUGAACCUCCUGGACACCCACCGAAGCGAACAGAUAAAAAUCAACCGAGUGCUGCACCGGCUGUCGGACUACCUACUGUACUGCCUAGAUUCGGGAUUCCUAUCGGAGAAGUUUAACGUAACGAACCUGGUCAAGGGGGCCAUCGUGAUCAACGCGGACAGCAUGCUGCCCAUGAACGACGUGCUGAACUUCCUGCUGCACCUGCGCAAACCGGACUACUCCGUGGCCUACCGGAAAGACUGCCUGGAGCUGCUUCAGGAGGAAGAGACACCCGUACAGGAGGCCAAUGCGACAGGAUCAUUUUCUAUGAGCGCCGUUGCAGAGGCCACUACAGAAAGUGCCACUCGAGAAGGUGCUACUCCAAAAUGUGUCACUCCAGAAACUGCCACUUCUACCCCUCCUCUCACCAAAAUCGAGCGCCUUCUGGAGAGCGAGGACCACUCGGUUAGCGACUUCUUUCUCUUCCACCUGCACCAGUGCGGGUACAUAAACCAGCACUGCCGCUACAAACACGACACCAGUUACAGACACAUCAUCGCGUGCAUCCUCAAAUACGGAACGAAGAAUGUCCUCAUCACCUUGGGAAUCCACAAGACAUGCACUUUGUUAAUCUUAUCGAACGAUUACGACGUUGUAGACAAAAUUGUCCUCCUAUAUAUAAACUUAAGUAAAAGCAAGUGGAUGUGUGAAGGGAUAGUGAAUAGUGGGAUCCUCCUACACAUGAUGGAUAUUCUCCUUAAUAUCUAUUCAGUGAAUUUACGAGCAAAGAAAGAGAUCUGUAUUAACAUCCUCUGCGUCAUCGGCCAGGUGUGUAAUUACUGCAGAACGUAUGCUCAGUUUCUUCUCACCAAUUAUGUCGAGAUUGUCUCUACCGCCAUCUGCAUUUAUCAGUCCACCGACAUACAGCAGUUUAAGAAGGUUAAGCUGAUUUACUUUUUUAAGAAGAUACUACGGCACAGUUAUGAGAUGAAGGAGAAGAUCUGCCUCCAGCUGUGUCCUCUAAUUAUGAUGGAAAUGCACUCCGCUUCGGAAGACAAAGAUUUUAUUUACUCCUCCUUGUCUCUCUUUGAUACCAUGUGCUGCUACAAGGUUAACUGCCUACACUUGGAGCGGAUGCAGAUCAUCCCACUCCUCCGCUUCGUCAAAUCGCUCAAGGUCGUGGAGCUGUACAAGCGCGCCCACCGGAUCGAGGCCACGGUCCGAAAAAACGCACAGCUUCGGUGA